AUGCUUUUCAUCCUACAGGAGAUAGAAACAUACUUAGUAUUUUACUGUUUUCUUCCCGGAGCGUAUCACGCUCGAGUUGGGGUUGAAAAAAUGAAGUUUUUGUUGGUGUCUUUGAUGGUCGUAUGGUUUGCAGAUGCCCAGCUGAGAGGCCGCAAAGGUAACCCAGGGGUGUUGUGCACCUUUAAAGACAAGACAUUCAAGCCCGGAGACAGUUGGCAUCCUUUUUUGGAGCCCUUUGGACUCGUUCUGUGCAUACGUUGCUCCUGCACUGAGAAAGGCCACGUGAAAUGCAGUAAAAUUAAGUGUCCUCCUUUGCCAUGUGGCAAGACAGUAGCCGAUCCACAUGAAUGUUGUCCAAGAUGCUCAGACCAGCUCAAGAUCCCCGCAGGUCUGAGAGCUCCAGCGAAGUCGUGCCGAUAUAAUGGAAGCGUAUAUCAACCAGGAGAGACCUUCACUAAGUAUAACCUGACAGCCCAGCCAAGCAACCAGUGUGCCAUGUGCUCAUGUUCUAAUGGAAACAUCUUCUGUGCCAUUAAAACUUGCCAACCACUCAGUUGCUCCUCCUGGGUCACGCUUACAGACACCUGCUGUUUGGCAUGUAAAGACUCCAGCACCACUGGGUCAUCAUCAGCGGAGGAUGGAAACCAGCAGCUGAACAGAGGCGUUAGACAUUCAUUGGAGCAGUGUUCCGGAGAUCAGGACACAGCACAGUCCCCUCGGAUCAGGACUUCAACCAGACACCUGAGCCUCAAUAAACUUAAUCUCAGGGGGGCUUCAGAGACUACUGUGAAGAUUCUAAUGCAAAGGAAGCAACAGAAAGCGUGUUUAUACAAUGGCAAGACGUACUCGCACGGAGACAUUUGGCACCCAGUUUUGGGGAAGGUCCUGGAAUGCAUCGUGUGCUCAUGUAGCGACGGCCUGCAGGAGUGCAAACGCAUGACUUGUCCAAGUCAGUAUGCCUGCCAACAUCCGGUCAAGUUGCCGGGAAAGUGCUGCAAGAUAUGUCCAGAACAUAAAGCUGCCAGUAACCAGACUCAAUGUUACUCAGGCCGCAAAAACAAACUUUUGGUGUAUAAGGUUGACUCAGCUCUGAAAGUUGACUCUCCGGGCACUGUUCGGAUAAUGGCUAUAGAAAGGGCAAGUGCUGCGGAGGUGGAGUUGCUGGUGUGGAAGAUGGUAGAUGGUUUUUUGCAAUUGAUGGAAAUUGGAGAUGUUCAAAGGAAAGAUAUUCAGGACCAUCCGGAAAAUUACACAUUACUAACAACAGUUGAUGAAGAUAUGUGGGGGAAAUUUAUAGACGGACGAGGCAAGUUGGAUCAAACCCAAACCAUUUGUGAAGAUGGCAUUCGGGAGAUGGUGACGUUCCUCAAUCCUAAACAGGUCGAAGGACGAUGCUUGCCUUAA